AUGGCAGCUUUACAACAACAUUGGAAAAAUUUAAGUGUUUCACUAGCUAAUGCUACAUUAACUAUUUCUAUGAAUAGACCUAAAGUUAAUGCAAUGUCUAUUGGAUUACUCAGUGACCUUGAACAAGCUUUUGAUCAUGCUUCAAAAAAUGAUCAUAUUAAAGGUGUUCAUCUACGUUCUAAUUUUAGUUCGACAUUUUCUGCUGGUCUUGACCUUUCUGAUGUGUAUGAAAUAUGUGUUAAACGUCAUCGACCAACAAUUGAUAAACUCGUCUCCGAUACAAUUAACCGUGGUGCAACAGCACCUCUUCGUUGUUCAAAACCAGUUGCUUGUUCACUUGAUGGUCAUGCUAUUGCUGCUGGCAUUGUAAUUGCUCUUGCAUGUGAUUAUAUUGCUAUAGGUACACGAAAACCAUUUCGCAUUGGUGUUACAGAAUUACCUGUUGGGGUACCAUUUCCUACGAUACCAUUGGAAAUUAUGCGACAUCAACUUGAACCACAGCUUGCUCAUCGAUUAAUAUUUGAUGCAAACAUUAUAUCAUCAAAUGAUUUUUCAAUUCGAUGUGAAAGAAGUGAAACACCAGAUGAUUUAUCACGAAAAUGGUUAAAAAUGAUGUGUGAAAGACCAUUGAAAGGUUUUCAAAUAACGAAACAAAAAUGGUGGUCGAAUAUAAUUAAACUUAUUUCUAUUGAUGAUGAACAAGAAAAAAAAGACUAUUUUGAUGCAAUAACUAGUGAAGAUUGUCUACAAGCUAUGAAACAAGCACUCAAAAAAUAA